AUGGAAGGCACAACUAUGCAUAAUAGCCGUGACAAGGAGAUCUCCAUCAAUGAGAUGCUCCAAAGCUUCCUGACUGAUGAAGCUUUGAAUGAUGUGACACUCAGAGGAACUGAUGGAGUAGAGGUGCCAGCAAACCGAUUUCUGCUGUCUGCUAGAAGUCAGGUUUUUAGAGGAAUGCUCCUGGGCAAAUUCCAGGAGGCUUUGUCUUCUGUUGUAGAGGUUGGAUUCAAAGGAGGCACCUUGAGAGCUGUUGUGGAAUACAUUCUUACAGAUUCCGCACAGAUGCUGAACUGCAAGAAGAGAAAAAGUCAGGAAGGGCGCUCUUUUGAUUAUCCAUUGAUUCAAUCCUUUGUUUCAUUGCUUGAAGCCGCGGCAUACUUCCAGCUUCCUGGGCUUGUUAAACGCAUUCGCAAGAAAUUGGAACUAAUUUGGUGGAGUUCCCCUUGCUCUUCCUUUGCUAUCCUUCAAGCAUGCAAAAUGGCUGAGCCGAAAGUUCCAGCAACACUGGUAGAGGAAGCAUGGCGAAACAUUCGCCGCCCUUUCUCGACUAAUUCAAUCACCCAGGAGCAUGUGGACUGUUUGAGUGUUGAUAUCCUCAAAGAGAUACUCACGGACGAAGCGAUGGAAAAAACAGAAUACCAGCUCUUUCAGAUCCUGAACCUGUGGGCACAAGGCAAGGAGAGUGAACGACUCAUGACUGCAAAAGGGCUUUCGCAGCACAUUUGUUUCGGAAGGAUUAAGCCCGAAUUGUUGGCAACCACUGUUGCAGCUUCAGGGUUGGUCACACCUGAGCAGUUACUGGAAGCAUACAAGUAUCAAGCUUUUGCAGCAAAGGAGAUCUCUUCAGACGUCUUCUCGCACAAGCGAAACAAUCCCUGGAUGACACAUAUACAAACAGAUAAAAUCCCAACUGAGAUCAAAGUGACAGGAGCUGGUUCGCGAGCUGUUAAUGGGGUCUAUGUUCGAGAUGGGUUAUUCAGAGGCCACUGCAAGUAUACCAAAAAUGGACAGUUUGGCGGGCAACCCUGUGUUUUUUGGUUGCGUCGUUGUGGCGCCAUGUGGGAAAUCAUGAUCCCUGAUGAAGAUGUUGAUGUGCCAGGAGCAGCACUUGGAGCUAAGAAAUUCUACUUUGUUGUUGGAGGGGAACAGGAUGAAUCUCCACCACCCAUCGAGUGGCAUUGUUACGAGUUUGGAAGAGGACCAGUUCCAAAAGUAAAGUACAGAUUUGCAUCGUCCGGCAGUGGCAACAACUCUGACGACAGUGCCUAG